AUGCAGAUGAUGACGAUAGCAAAAGUCUUCCACGCAGUGCGACGCGGACCGCGCGAGCCAGUUGCCGCAGUGACGCUGUUUCAAUCAUUUGUGGUGUCCGCAUUAGGGGCGGGGGCGGAGCAGUACACAAACUUGCCCGACCCGAAGACGUACAAGGCGUCGCGCGCACUUCCAGACGCGCACCUCUCGGCCCAGGCGAUGGACGACAAGAUCGCCUUGCUGGAAAAAAAUAACACAUGGCAGGUGAUUAAACGCGAGAAGCACAUGCACGUGAUCCGCAACAAGUGGGUUUUCGAAAAGAAGAUGAACGGCAGCGGGUCCAUCGAACGCUACAAGGCAAGCCUUGUAGCAGAAGGCGACGAUCAAGUGCUUGGACGAGACUACAACCUAGCAUUUACAGCUGUCUUGGACUUGACUGGCGGCAAGAUUAUUCUCGCGGUUGCCCGGCUCUGGAACGUGCGCGCGACACUUUGA